AUGUCAAAAGAAAUGUUCAUUAGAUAGUUAGAAUAUGAUUUCAAAGUAAUAGAGAAACAAUUAGAUGUAUUUAUUGAUUAUUAUACUGCUUUUAGUAAUCUUUUGAUAAAAUCAAUAAUUUGAUUGAUUAAGUAUUCAUUAUGGAUUCUCCAAUCUAUAAACUAAGCUGUCCAAAAUAAGAAUUAUAUUUACUAAAAGAUCCUUAAUUCAAUUUAAUUGACUAAACAAACUUUAAAUCAAACAUUGUUUAGGAAGUGAAACCAUUAAUCAUUUCAAAAAUCACAUAAUAAGUUAAUUUAAAACAGUAAUCAGAUUAACAAUUGUAAUAAUCAUCAUUACCAUAAUCAUAAUCAAUUCAAUGUCCAUCUUAAUUUAAGCCAUUUAAUUAUCAAAUCAUUAAAGAUAAUUCUAUUUAUUAAAAUGAAUGGUGCUGUGCAAUGGCUUAUAAUAAAGAUUGUUCAUGUGUAGCACUUAGUUGUGAUAAAUAAAUAAAAAUAUAUGAAUUCAAGUAAGCAAUCUUAAAAUAAAUUCACGUAUUAUAUCAACAUCAAAAAGAUGUGCUUACAUUAUCUUUCAUGAAAAAAUCCAAUUAGUUUAUAUCAGGAGAUUCAGGUGGAUCUAUUUUAAUUUGGUCAAUUAAUAAAAAAUGGUAUUGCUCUUAAACCAUUUAAGCACAUAUUGGUUCAAUUCGAUGCCUAAUUAUGAAUAAUAAUGAAGAUCUUUUUAUAACCAGUAGUUAUGAUAAUACUAUCAAAUUUUGGGUUAAACAAAAUGAUUGGAUCUGGUAACAAACUAUCACAGAUCAUAAACUUUAGGUUAAUUAAUUAAGUUUAAAUGAUAAAGAAAAUAAAGUUAUUUCUUGUGGAGAGGAUAAGUUAAUAUUAGUAAUUGAGUACUUUGAAUCAGAUAAAAAGUGGAUUGUGAUUUAAAAUAUUACAGUUGAAGAUUUAGGAUGUCGAAUAUGCUUUAUCAACAAUAAUUAAUUCACAUUUCAACCUAUAAUAGGCAAUUUGAUGCACGUCUACUAAAUGAAUAAUAUAAGUAAAUAGUUCGUUAAAACUAAAGAUAUUAAUGUAAAUGAAAGUGAUAGUGAUUUUGGUGAGUUAUUUCCAUAAUAAUUUCUGAAAUAAAAAUAAUUAUUAGUUAGUAAACAUGGUAAUAGCAUAAAUUUAAUCAGAAAAACAGAAGUUGACCAAUUUAUAGUUGAGUAAUCUAUUCAAUUUGAUUCAUAUUAUAUUUUUGGGUAGAUGAGUGAUGAUGGAGAGUAUUUGAUUACUUGGGAUUCUCAAUCAAAUUAAAUUUAAAUCAGGAAAUAUGCAGAAUAAUGA